CCACUGUUCCCCUUUACCUGUCCUGAAAAGCCAUGCGUCGGACUGCACGUGGUUUCCGGUCAGCUGGGCUUUAUCGGUCUUUUGUCCUGGGGUCUGUGUAUACGGGGUCUGCAAAUCCAACCCCCUAACAUCCAGCAUAUGUGAUCAGAGCCGGUAAUCUGGUUUUAAGCUUGCAGCCUUCAACAUAUACCGGCACCACACCGCUGGGGCCGAAGAGUCAGCAAAGAGACAAAAAUGGUGUCCUUGAGUCUUGGGACUCGAGAGUUGUCGUAAAAUGGAGCAGUCUCUUGUUUUAUCUUAUCUAGGGAAUUUGGCUUGUCUAAGUUUUCUGUAAUUUGCAUUAGUUUUUGCAAUUUGCAUUAUUUUUUGCACUGUGCUGUGCUGGGAUGGUUUUCUUUAUAAAAGGGCUUUCUUCCUUUUGAAAAAAACUGAAAAAGCAUGCUCUGGGACCUUUUGAUCAAAGUCAAAGCCAAAACCAAUUGGGUCAGUGGUUUAACAUGGAGGACAUAGCCAGAAGGUUUACAAGAUCAGCAGGAUAUGCUGAACAAUUUUGGAUCGCAUUCAAUAAUAUUAAAGCCCACAAGCAUUUGCUAAUUAAUACCACCUUCAAUAAACCAUUACCAAAAGAACUUAUCAUAACAGCAACCAGAAACAUUUUACUAAAACACAGUUAUCUAGCUUUGAGAAUUGUGAAGGACAAAGAUUUUGACAAAAGAACUAAAUUAGAAUACAUUUUAACGCCUUGCUCAAAAAUUAGAAUAUCCGAUGUCUUAAAUUUCGAGUAUGAUGCCAACUAUAAAACUGAGAUUGACGAGCAGUAUUUACUCAAACUAGACAGAAACUAUGAUUUUUUUCAACUUUAUAAAAAAAAUAAACCAUUUUGGAAAAUUGAGGUUUUAAAUGACAUCCACGUCAGUUUCAUCUGUGACCAUAUGUUAGAUGGCAUGAGUGCUGUUAGAUUUCAAAUUGAUUUAGUUAAUGAGGUUAACAAAAUAAAAGAUACCUACACUAUUGGCGAUUUGCUAGAAAAUAAUUCCUUGUUUGACUUUCAAAAGGAUUACUCAUUGCUAGCUGCAAUACCAAAACCAAUUGAUGAAAUCCUUGAUGUUAUUCCCUCAAAAUCGUUCAGAGAAAAGUUUCUAAUUAACAAACUAAAACCCUUGAAAAAAUACGAUUCUGUCGAUGAUAAAGAAGGCAAAAUAAAUUGUUUUAAUUUCAACAAAAUAUUCAAUACAACUGACUAUCCAACAGUUUUCAAAAUCAUAAAAUUUAAUCAUCAAGAAAAUUUAAAAAUUUUGUCCUUGUGUAAAACACACAAUGUUAAAAUGAACUCAUUUAUCCAUGCUGCAUUCAUAUCUGCAAUUUCCAAUUAUGCAUUGGAUAUAAACGAAGCACCAUCAACAGGAGAAUUUGCCUUUCCAAUAAACCUAAGAGCAUUUAUGGAUGAAUAUAAAACAGACAAUGACAUUUUAUACGGAUGCUUUGUCUCCUUGGGUUUUUAUGGAAUCGAAAGACAAGUUUUGUAUAACAACAUGAACCCUUUUAGUUGGAACUUGGUUAAAGUGAUCAACAAAAAGAGAUCUGAAAACAUUAAAAACUAUAUGGAAUCCGUUUAUGAAGGCAUGGGCAUGAGAAAAUAUUUGGAUUCAGAGACUGAUGCUCUUGAAAGGGCAAUCAAUAGCAGGUUGGGUCAACUUAAAACAGAUUCACUAAGAAUAUCUAAUUUGGGAUUCAAUGUUGUAAACAAUAAAAAUUUUGGCGAGAAUAAUUACAAAAUAACCAAUAUGUUGUUGAGCCAAAAUAUGGGAACAUUAUCAACCUCUCUAGUUCUUAAUAUCGUCUCCACAGAAAACGGUAUGAAUAUACUCUUGGGCACAAUUGGUGGGUUAUUUGAUAAAAAUGUUAGCAAAAACCAGGUCAAAUUGGACCAGGUUUAUGAAAGAUUUAGAUAUAUUUUAUUAAAUGGAACUGAUCUCUCCAAUAAAAAUACCGGAUUUUAGUGAGUGAUGAGUGAUUGGGUGUGGUUCGAACCGUUGAUUGAAGUUGGUUUUGUAGAGAAUUUCUUUCGGAAAAUGAUUGAUUUUUUUUUUGUAUCGAUUUACCAGCAUGUGACUCAAG